UUCUUCCAUCUCUUUCUCUCUUGAUUCGAUUUCGCCUGAAAGUUGAAAUCUUUGAGCAAAUCCAGAGGUUUCGUUCUUUUCGCAGUCACGCAAUGUCAAUGUAUAUUCCAGAUGAAAUGGUGAUCGAAAUACUGUCCAGAUUACCUGUAAAAUCACUCUUACGGUGCAGAUCUGUUUGUAGGGUAUGGCACGACGUGAUCGACAGCCCUAAAUUCGUCGAACACCAGAUGUACCGGUCAGCCUCACUCUGCGGCCGCAAUAGGAUUGGUCCUCUCCUCUUUCAGCGUGCAAAUUUACAAACCCUAAAUUUUUCUCUUACUCUUCUACACUCUGACACCCUCGCCGUGGCAGAAGAAGUGAAAAUUCCCGCUUCAAUCCCUUCCUCCUUCGACGGCAGUUCAUACUGGUCUGUCAUUGGUUCCUGUAACGGAUUGGUCGCUAUAAGUAUCUUCCCCAUUGGGGUUUUUCAAUCGAACAGGGAUGUCGAUAGGGUUGUGAUAUGGAAUCCUGCAACUAAGCAAAUCAGAGAGCUUCCUACACCAAUUAUUGUUGAGAGACAGCUCCUUGACUAUGGAUUUGUCUAUUUAUCAUCAGUUGAGGAUUAUAAGGUAGUUCGAAUAGUCUCUCGCGGUAAUUUGGGUGGGAUGAAUGGAGAUUUUUCCAUAAGGGUUGAAGUGUAUUCAAUGCAAUCAGAUUCUUGGCGAGAAAUUGAUACUGGGUCAAUUUGUCCUAUCAUCAUGCAUUCCAUGAGGUUUAUGAUUCAUUCAUCUGGUGUGGCUGUUAAAGGAAUUUUGCAUUGGCCAGUUUUCUUUCCUUCUGCAAGCCAUAGUAACGACACAGGUUCGAUAAUCUCAUUUGAUAUGGUUCAUGAGUUGUUCAGAGAGAUACAAAUGCCGGAUGCUUUUUCGGUUUCAUUUGAUUCCCGACUCAGAAUCUUGGAGCUUAAUGGAUUACUUGCACUAGCAUCUUCAACCUCAAGAGAGUCAACAUUGAUUGACAUAUGGGUUAUGAGAGAGUAUGGGAAUUCUGAAUCAUGGUCCAAAGUCAUGUCUUUUGGGGGGGCUGAUUGCAUGAAUAUAUGGUUUUUGGGUAGUUGGAUAAAUGGUGAAGUUAUCUUGGGCGGCAAAUGGAGGGAAAGGAAUCAUCUGAUGCUGUUUGAGCCUUCCAGCAAGAAAAGUAUUAAGCAUGUUGAGUAUGAUUCUAACUGGGACAUAUCUCAAGCCUGUAACUAUUACGAGACACUGACUCCGGUUGGAAGGUGAUGUGUAAUGAAAGAGGACCAUUGCCUUAUUGAAGAGUUCAACAAAACCAGGGUCUUCAACAUAAGAAGUAAAGCUUUUCUUACUCCUUUCACCCAAAUCAUCUUUCACUUCAGUAGGAAAUGAUUGACCCUUUUGGGUUACAAGCACAAAAUCCAAUGGCUUUUUCCUGCGCAUAUUAUUGACAAGUAUAUCAGGUAAGGGAUUUAGAUGACCAAAAGAAAGUGAGUCACAGGCAAAGGCCAAAGGGUGUUGGUCAUGGGUAGUAUUUAAAACAUUGUAGUCAACACUAUUUUUGUUGUCGAGAAGAACAUCGCAAAAAGAUUUUUCAGCAGCGUCAAGUGUGGAUUCUUGGAUCAUGCAGGUGUCUUCGUUCUCUAGGUCAUCUUCCAUUAAUACUUGGUUUAUGAACUUCAGAGCAGCUUCAGAUGGAUCACUUUCACCAGCAGCAAAAACUCCAUCCAUCUUACUUAAGUCUACAGAGGAUUGAUUCUUUUAGCACAUAUAAAAAAGAUGAAACUAGCCGUGACAAAGUUAUGAUCUUGAUUGUGGAAGGAGGCAAGCAGUCAAAAGUGACCAAUCUGGCAGACA